AUGGGUGCAUCGACCGGCAUUCCUGAUGGGCACGAGCACCACCAUGGAGGAAAUGAUAACCGCCAGGGAUACUUUGGUUCGUCCAGUGCCAUGAGUUUCAUGCGUGAAGUGCGAGAAGUGAUCGGCAAGAAAACAACCAUCUAUUCCGUCUGCCACGACUACGUUUUGCCUCCACGGAAAGUCGCUGAUAGUCUCGUGCGCAGCUAUUGGACAUUUGUACAUACAUUAUACCCGUUCCUCCACAAGCCCGCAUUUAUGAAAACCUACUCGAGACUAUGGGGAUACCCAGAAGGCGCCGAUCCUUUGUUCCACUGUAUCCUGAAUUUAGUAUUCGCUCUCGGCUGUCAGCUAUCUCCUGAAAUUGGCGAAAGCGAACGGGAACCCACCUCAGAUAUCUUUUUCCAGCGAUCCAAGAAGCUGUUACAUUUCGAUAUUCUCGAUGAGGGCAAUAUCAUGGUUGUCCAAGCGUUGCUGUUGAUGGGCCAGUAUCUGCAAUGCACCAAAAUGCCCGGUCGGUGCUGGAUCGUCGUCGGGCUCGCUACCCGUGUAGCUCAAGGACUUGGAUUGCAUCGUGAUGCUCACAGUGUGAACAGCGGUCGACAUAAGACUAAUGGCAGUGGAUGUACCAGACAGCUUGAGCGUGAAUUGCGCAAAAGAUUAUGGGGCGGAUGUCUUGUUCUCGAUAGAAUGAUAUCUAUGGCCUAUGGUCGUCCUUUCAUGAUUCCGGUUACUCAAAAUCUCAUAUUACCACAAGCCAUCGACGAUGAGCUUCUUACCUCAAAUUCUGAUCCUCCCGCUGCACAGCCUGAAAACAAGCCGAGCCAGAUGGCAUUUUUCGUCCAUACGCUUCAAUUGUAUGAAAUUAUGGGCGAUAUCCUCACCACGCUGUACUCUACAGGUACAAGACGGCUAGAGAAUGACACUUACCUUUUCAAAUAUAUCUUUGAAAUGAUUUUAGACGAGCAACAACGAACGUCGAACCUUAGCUCCAUUAUACGCCUUGAAAUGGCGCUGAACGCGUGGGAGAAGGCCCUCCCUUGGUUUCUGCGACUUGGCACAUAUACCCAAGAUUCAGCCAACAGUCCGCGAAACCGACGUGACAUGACUGACAAUAUCCUGUUACGGCAAAACAAUGUUCUACGAGCACGAUACCUCCAUACCUGCAUCUUGCUUUAUCGCCCAGUUUUCGCUCAUUUCUUUGCAUUGGAAGAGUCCAGCCAUCCAGUCACGCAGGACACAGGACUCCAGCGGUCUGUCUUUGUGCAAAGUUCAACCACAUGUGUCACCUCUGCUCAAGAAUUGGUCGAGAUGAUCCAUCGCAAUAUCAGGGAAUUGUUGCCUGCAUGGUGGUAUAACAUGUUUUCGACUGUGUUACUCAUGGCACGCCUAUUUCCAAAAAUCAAACAAGCGAUCGGUGAAGACUAUCUGAUAGAAAGCUGGGGGAAAUGCCUGAACUGUUUAUCUGAAUAUCAAUCAUACAGCGACUCGGCCAAAUGGUGUUAUGAAUCUUUGAGCGAGCUGGAUAAAAUGGCGUUCCAAAGCAACGAUGGUAAAAAAACGGAUUUUUUUAUAUCCACUUGUUUUUUGGAAAGCCUUGUGUGCUAUAGUUAA